GCAUGCGGGACGUCGGUGGCAGGGUGUUGAGGAGGCGGGCCCCUGUCACACAAACAGCUACAGCCCAACAACAAGAACAACAACCACAAGCGAGCCAAACAACAGCAAGAGCUCCACUCGCUGAAGGUGCUGCGCCGGAACAUCAGCCGGCGCUCACUCAAGCGGGACGACCGAGGCAGCGCAUGAAAUGGACUGUGUCCAUUAACGAAAGCAUCUUGCGCUUCUAUUAUAAGGUGACAAACCUCGGUCAAGAAACGAUCGGCUACAGACAACAGCUGUAUGCCGAAUUUUGCAGGGAGUACCCAGAUAUUCAAGUAUCGGAGCAAAGAGUAUCAGAUCAAUACCGGGUAAUCGUAAGAAACAACCUUAUCCCAGAGACUAGACGCAAUACGAUCAAAAGCGAAGUCGAACGGGAGAUUAAUAACCAAGAGCUAGUUUUAGAUCAAGUCCCUAAUGAAAUCCUUGAUGAGCAGAUUCCUGAGAUUCCCAUACCAGAAACUCAACCUGACAAUACACAGCAGGAAAACAACGAGUUGCGCGAUAGUCUAGAAAACGAAAUGGCUCGUGCCGUACAAGAGUUUAAUGGAACAAAUCCACUUAGCAGACCACCGCUACCACGAAUAAACUCUUGUAAGAAACUAGGUGCGCUGUUACAAAUUGUGAACACUGAAGUCCUACCCAAUUAUGUCGCAGAAGCCCACACAUUAGAAUAUUUGCACAUGCUAAUCUACUGUGCAGCAACAGCAAUUGCUAAUGUAAUGGGCGUUAAGAUCAGAACACGACGGGGUACUAAUAACGAAAGAACUGGUAACAGAAUUGCACCUUGGGAAAAAAGACUGCUCGGAAAGAUUGAAUUGCUGCGUAGGGAUAUUGGUCAAGUCACAGAAUACAUACGAGGUGUAAGAAGUACAAGAGUCAUCAGGAGAGCUGAAGAAAUAAUGCCGAGUACCGCAAGACACUCAAGAUAUGAUCCAGAAAACAACACAGCCCAUCAGUGUCUGGAUACAUUAAAACAAAAACUCUCCGUUUAUUCAGGGCGACUAAGGAGGUACAAGUUAGUAACAACCGCAAAAGCGACAAUGCUCUUUUUGAGAGUUCUGAGAAGGCGUUCUAUCGAAAACUCAAUUCCACUGUAGAACGUGUCGAUAAGACUUACCCAAGCCAAGAAGAAAUUCAUGAGUUUUGGGGAAAUCAACUUUCCACACCAGCUGCUCUUAACAACAAUGCUGGAUGGAUAGAAGAUACGACACAGAACUGCCAACACUACAUUACUACCCUUUACGAACCCUUCACUACUGAAGAAGUCUCAAAUAUCAUCAAAGAGCUUCAUAACUGGAAAUCUCCUGGACCAGAUGGAGUUCAAAACUUUUGGCUCAAGAAGUUUUGGAGUGUUCAUGAAUGCUUAUCAACAUUAAUUAAUCAUGUUAUUUCUAAUCCGCAGGAUAUACCAGCA